ACUUUUCAUUCGUCGUCGCUGACGGUCAGAUAUUUGUUGUUAUUUUUAUUUUCUACUUUUUUUCGUGUAGAAUUUAUGUAAAAUACCUGUGAAUUUGGUUUCAAAAUGUCUGAAGAUAAUUUAACUGUGAGUGAUACCUCAGACAUCGAGGAAGGCGGCAAUGCUGAGCUUCGUGGAUACCUGAGUAAAUGGACAAACUAUAUCCACGGUUGGCAGGACAGGUUUAUUGUUUUGAAGGAUUCAACUUUAUCCUAUUACAAAAGCGAAUUAGAGAGCAAUCUUGGAUGUCGCGGUGCCUUAUGUCUAAAAAAGCCAAAGUUAAGCCUCACGAGUUUGACGACUGUCGUUUUGAUGUAUCAGUCAGUGAUUGCGUGUGGUAUUUGCGAGCUUCGAAUCCCGAAGAGAAACAGCAGUGGAUUGAUGUUUUGGAGUCAUUUAAGGUGGAGUCCGGAUAUGGCACAAGCUCAGACAGCAGUUCUAAUGGCGGUGGUUUGCGGCGUCACGGAUCCGUCACAUCUUUACAGUCGACGGGUUCUCAUGGACGCACAUCUCGCCGGCUGGCCGAAAAGAUAGCCGAACUGGACACAUACGGCGAACUACUAUCGAAACAGUCGACACAAUUGCAACAGUACUUCGACAUGUGUGUCGCCAAGCUGCCGGAGAUCGCUGAUGACGUCACCGAGGCUAUAGACGCUGUUGAAUUAGCUGAUGGUAACUCGCUAAGCCUCCACGCGGGCGAAGUACGAGCGACAAGCACGUCCUUCAAAGCUACGGUCAGCGCGACGUUGACCACGCUACAGCACUGCGCUUCGCUUAUGCGCCGUCGCGAAAGACAGGCGCGCCAGGCUGAGGAACUAUACAUGGCCUUGAAGAACCAGCUAACAGAAGCGAGAUUGGCAUCAAAACCAGGGCCCGAUCACGAGGAGGGACCGCAUUCGACGUUGCCGGACGAUGAGUUCUACGAUGCCGUGGAGACGGGGUUUGACAAGAUGGAGGAGGAGAGAUGUGCACGCGUCGUGUCUCCCAGUGUACACACAAGGGACCAGGUGGAUCUGCCGCCCCCAGCCAUCGACAAUAGGCUCACAGUACACCCGCUAUGGACUGAGAUCGACAGGAUAUCGACAGAGCAGAUACAAGCCGCGUUCGAGGAUGUCGGAGGCAGUAUCGGUUGGCAGCUAUUUGCCGAAGAAGGUGACAUGAGGAUGUACAGGAGAGAGGUAGAAGUAGACGGAAUGGUGAUGGACCCCCUGAAGGCGAUGCACAAAGUCCGCGGAGUGUCUGCGCGCGAGAUGUGCCACUAUUUCUUCAACCCCCGCUACCGGUACGAGUGGGAAACGACACUAGAAAACAUGAACAUUGUCGAAGAAAUAUCGUCAGACGCGAUGGUGUUCCACCAAACAUUCAAGCGCAUCUGGCCCGUCUCUCAGCGUGACGCGCUCUUCUGGUCGCACGUGCGCGCCUCCGACGAUGAUACGUAUGCGGUCAUCAACCACUCCACCACCAACCCCGACUAUCCGCCCAACGCGAGUGGCUGCAUCCGGUUGUUCGUGACGGUGUGCUUGGCGUGUCGCAGCACGUACCCCGCGGGCGAGCAGCCCUCCCGAGAGAACAUCACCACCAGCAUCGCCUACUGCAGCACAGUGAACCCGGGCGGCUGGGCGCCGGCGGGCGUGCUGCGCGCGGUGUACAAGCGCGAGUACCCCAAGUUCCUCAAGCGCUUCACCGGCUACGUGCACGACCAGUGCCGCGGCAAGCCGCUCGCCAUCUAGCGGCGCCUGCGCACUCCGCACCCAGCCGGGGGACUGUCACGUGACUUCCCAGCCGAGUGGACUCGUAAUCCUAGUUGUAACGCCGACGUCCACACAAAAACUGUUAUACGGUCACAUUCACGGCUCGCAGUGAGCAAAACCGGUAACUUUUCAAGUUCAUACCCGUGUUUUAGAUCAAAGAGUUCAAACUGCGACCUUCAGGGGUGUCGAUUGGCUUCCGACGCCGAGCCGAGUGGACUGUACGUAAUGCUAGUUGUAACGCCGGCGUGAAGACAUUUCAUAAGUCAGUUCUGUUAAUGACGCGUUCACAUACAAUUUUCGUCCUCCAGGGUUCUCACUCCCUUGAUUAGCCACAUGACUUUUGACGCCUAGUGGACUGUAUUUUAAUGUCGUAUGAUACUCGCUUACCCGGAGAUUCCAAAAGAUAAACGCUGUAAAAUAUGUGGUCACGUAAAAUUGUUGGCUUGCGGUGAGUCAUCACUCAUCAGUUAAAGUUCAACCCGUUUA